AUGAAAUCCAACCUUCCACAACGAGAACAGAACUCCAAAUUUAAAAUAGAUGACCUGUUUGAGAGGAUAGAAAAACUUAUCCCAAAAGUCAAAUUUACAUAUUUCAACAGAACCAGCAGUGGGAGAAAUAGUAAGCUCUUCAUAGCAAAUCCCAAGCAACAGUACUGUCUGGGAGAAGACUUGGUGGUACAGCUUGAUAUGUAUGAUUACGUGGGUAACAAGAAGACCCACGGGGGAGACUUCUUAAGACCAAGAUUGUUUUCUCCAGAGCUUGGAGCAGCUGUGUCUGGCAGGAUAGAAGAUUUCAACAAUGGCUCGUAUCAUAUCCAUUUUCCAUUGUAUUGGGAGGGAAAUUGCAAAGUCUCCAUUUUGCUGUUCUACCCCAGCGAAGGGGUUGCAGCUCUUUGGAGAUCUAGGCACAGCAGUCUGGGAGUUAUUGGAUUCUUUGGAAAAUAUGAAAAAUUUGGCAAGGAAGCUAUAACCCCAUGUGGCUUUAAACUUGAAGAGAAAGAGGGCAAGGAGAUUUGUGAGUACAUAGAUCCAGUCUACGAAGAGGCCUUCUACUGCUACAAAGCGCCCGACUUCACCUGUGAAAGCCUGAAUGAAAUGAAAUGCUUCGAUCCAUCUGCUUCAUAUCUGACUCCUGGAGAGAGAGAAAUGUUUCAGAGCUCAAAUAUUGCUGUUGAAAUCCCUCAAGCAUUGCCACCUAUAGUAGUAUCCGGAUGUAACAGCUCUAAUUUUGCCCCCAAGCCAAAAUGUCAGAUGGGAAUGGGAUCUCCUUUCCCAAGUGGAUAUUUUUACAAAAAUAUUUGGAAUCCCCUCUACUGCAAUAUGACCCUCUACAGAACUGGAGAUGACUUUAUGAGAUGUCUGCAAGGGAAAAACCUUUUCCUCAUAGGAGAUUCUACAUUGCGACAGUUCAUGAUGUUCUUUACUGAAGUUGUGCAAUACUUCCGUUACCAUCUAAGCGGAUGGGCUGGUUGGGCACUGUCCCUGGAAGCCCUAAAUAUCGGCAAGGACCUAUAUGUCUCCUAUAAGAGACAUGGCUUUCCCCUGGAGCAUGACACUUUCUACUACUUCAAGGAGGACAUGUACACGAGUCGUCAGAUCGAUCAGCGGGCUGGAGGGAAGAACACCAUUUUUGUUAUAACCAUGGGACAGCACUUCAGACAGUUCCCUCUUAAACUUUUCAUCAAACGGGCACUCAACAUUCGCCGAGCGGUAGAAAACCUCUACCUUCGUAGUCCGGACACUAAGGUUAUCAUUAAAUCAGAAAACACGAGGGAACUGUAUGCCCCAGUGGAAAGACAGGGAGACUUCCACGGUUAUACCCAGUACCUUGUGCUGAGAGAAGUUUUCAAGGACCUCAACGUGGGCUUUGUGGAUGCCUGGGACAUGACGGUGGCAUCUGCCACAGCGAGCGUUCAUCCUCCAGGGAUAACAUUUGAAAGUAUUUUGAGCCUCACGUUUAGUUUUGCUUGUUAA